GAGAGAGAGAAUGGGUGCAAAAGCAAAUGCGAUGCCCAUGGUGAGCAAGAUGUGGUGUUCAACAUCUCAAGUGGUUCUUGCAGUGAGAACGAGGCCACAUGUUGUGUAUGGAGGAGGUUUUGUGGUUUCAGAUUGUAGUACCCAAAAGGUUGUUUUCAAAGUAGAUGGCUGUGGAAUUCUUGGUAAAAAGGAAGAAAUGAUUCUAAGAGAUGGCAAUGGUGAUGCUCUGCUUCUCAUCCGUCGUAAGGGAGGAGGUAUAGUUGAGGCACUGAACAUUAACAAACAAUGGAAAGGGUAUGCUUUUGACUAUGAAGGAUCACAAAAGUUGGUUUUCACCUUAAAAGAGCCUAAUUCAUGUCUCCUCAAGAAGAACAAUCCAAUCAGAAUCUCAACUCAACACGGGGGUUGUGGCACAGCUUGGGACUUUGAGAUCAAGGGUUAUUUUCCAGAUAGAGCUUGCUGCAUUGUUGACUCCAUUGGCAACAUCAUAGCUCAGGUUGAUAUGAAGAAAGAGGUAGAGGCGUUGAUGACAUCGGCAAGCAAAGAUCUGUAUCAUGUUGUUGUGAAACCAGGAGUUGACCAGGCCUUUGUUUUUGGAAUCAUUGCUGUUCUUGACUACAUCUAUGACGGGUCGACCCGGUGCUGAUCCUUGAGUCAUAACUCGGUGAAGAAGAUAACAAGCUGUAUAGUCAACAAAUCAUGGUUUAUUUUCUUUUUGUAUAACAAUCAACUAAUUAAGAAUUCUAUGUUUUUGGAUGUAUUUGCCAGGCAGAAUUCUUGUUGUAUGAAAACGAUUUUAUGUAUUGUUAUUUGUUAUGCUGA